AUGUACUCCAAAUGGAGGAAUCUUCUUUCGUGCGCAAUAUUCCUCCCGGUGCUGGUCUCUGCCGUGCAACGACCACUUGUCCCGGGCCUCGACGACAUCAUCAACCACCCACCACAAAAUCUCGAUGACAUUGCCAGAAUCAUAAGGGGCAUCGAGGGUGGUGAGGCACUCCCAGGCAUGCUCCAGCCCGGUAUGCAGAAGCCCAAAGGAGAUGGGGAAGAACAAGGUCAAGGUCAAAGUAACCCCGCAGGCCCCAAGCCCGCGGAUGGGUCGGGAAACAGAGCCAAACAACAACAACAUGAGCGGAUACCGGUGGCCCAUAUACCCAAGCCCAAGCCAGGGGCACUCGUAGAGGGAUUCUACCAGCAGAGCUGCCCGCAGGCUGAGAAGAUCGUUAGCGAGGUUAUGAACACCAACUUCCAGAAGGAUCCGACCCUUGCUCCGGCUCUCAUCCGCCUGUUUUUCCAUGAUUGUUUCAUCACGGGCUGCGACGCCUCGAUCCUUCUGGACCGGACCCCCAUGGGCGGGCCUGUCGAGAAAGAGGCCCCACAGAACGGCAAGUUCGUCCGGGGAUUCGAGCCCCUCGAUGAAGCAAAGGCCCGGCUCGAGUCCGAGUGCCCCGGCGUGGUCUCGUGCGCGGACCUCCUCGCCUUCGCGAACCGCGACUCCCUCGUCUUCACGGGGGUCCCGACCUACCCGGUCCCUGUGGGCCGGCGGGACGCACGAGCCUCCCUAAUGAAGGACGCCGAGGACGGGCUUCCGUUUCCCGAGACAACAUCCCAAGAGAUGAUACGGAUGUUCGAGGCAAGGGGUUUGACCGUGGAGGAGAUGGUCGUGCUUAUCGGGGCCCACUCGGUUGGGUCGGCCCACUGCACGGUGGUGGCUGGGAGGUUUCGGGACCCGGGUAAGGCGGCAGCAAUCGACCGAGGCUACUUGAUGAAGAUGCAGGUGAUGACGGCAUGCGUGAACGAGACGCAGGAAUUGGCGUUCGACCCGCUCACGCAGCAGAAGAUGGACUCGAGGUUCUAUAAGGAGCUGCUUAAGAACCGGUCACUGCUCGAGUCGGACCAGAACCUGGUGAACGAGCCGAGCGCGAAUCUUAUUAUGAGGAAGUAUGCGGAUGAUCAGAAAGGAUGGCUGGACAAGUUUGUGGCUGCUGUUACUAAAGUGGGGGGACUCGAGGUGCUCACGGGGGAUCAAGGGGAGAUAAGGAGACAGUGUCGGGUCGUCAACUGA